AUGACAUAUACUCAUAGUUCGACUGACAAUAGGAUCAUCAUUGAUUUGAUCUUAGUAAAAUAUCUUGAGGAGAGGGAAACGGCUGCUUUUGCUCCGGACCCGACUGUGAAAGCUAGACAGGAAGAGGAGAGGAUUGCCAGGCAACUUAAGGAAGAGAUUGCGAGAAUCAAACGCGCGCACGCAAGUAGAGGAGCGGCUGCAGCAUCCGCUUUGUUUAAAGAGACUAAACAAAGUGAGACUGGUGCUGGGGUUGCUGGGGCAGGUUUGGACAAGGAAAAGAUGCUUAAGAUGUCGUGGGAGAAGGUUGGAGAGGAUUAUACUGCAGAGAGAUUGAAAAAGAUAUUUUCAAAGUUUGGACAGGUUGAAGAUGUUGUCAUUAAGAGUUCCAAGAAGAAAGGUUCUGCACUAGUUGUAAUGUCCACCAAAGAUGCCAUGGUUGCUGCUACAGGAAGUGUUUGUGGUAGUCUUUCAAACCCUUUGCUGGUUUUGCCUCUUCAACCAGCUGUAGCAACCGAAUUUACAAGUGCACAGAGUUGUGAGGAGACUGAUGGCCUGAAUAAUUUGGUAGGAGCCGGCUAUCAAGCAUAUGAAGACACUGUGUUGCAAAAGCUCCAAAUGGCUGCAAAAAGACAAAAGUGACGAGGAAGGGAAUCUUGGAUGGAUCAUGUGUCUUUGAUCUUUUGGAACUCUUAUUAAAGGCAAGGAAUCACUUUCUCCCAUUGUUGCCCAUGUCCCCAUUUCCCUUCUUGCUUGCUUGUUUAUUUGUGAUUUUGUUUUGUUAUGAUCUGUGGUAUGUUACUUAAUGUGUCAGAAAUGCUCAACAAGUAUGCUCCUAUCAAAGCGCUUAGAAUGCCCUAUUAAGGGCGUGAUUCAUGGGGUUGCUGGGUGCUAUCUAUUUCCAUGGUUGGAGCAUAAUUGUUGGGACUCAAAAGGGUUUUUGGAUUUGUGUUUUACCAAGAGUCUAAUAUAAACGAAUGGAUUUAUAAACAUGCAUUACCUCUGACAUUUAUGAAUCUUGAAAUGCAGGACUCCUAAUCUCAUUGUCUUUCAGAUAUUGCAGUGUAUUUGAAGAGUGAUUAUCGUAUUCUAAUACGACCUUUUACAAUCUUGAUGGUUUAGUUGUACAUUGAACUCGAUGCCAGUGUAGGGAAAUUCUCAUUAGUAACCCUAUCAGAUUUCAACCGUAGAGUAAAACAUUACAAGACUUUGAUGAUUUGGAACAUUUUGAGCUCAUCAAUUGUUGCAAAAGUAGAGGGAAAUAGGUUUUCGACUGUACAAAUGAUCUAAUGUGAUAAAUUUCUGUACAUUUUACAUGUAUAUGAAAACUGGUUUCCU